GGAGACGCCGUGCGGCCAGAAGGAGGAGGUGAUCGCGUCUCCUGCAGCAGCCUGGUUGACGAACAGCACCAACGCCCAUAAAGUGGACCCAUCCAGGAAAUGAAGCCACUUUCUCGCAGAAGCGCCGCUUCGUCCCGUUAACUCUGCGACUCCCGCAGCGCCCCGCACCGCACCGCCACUCGUUUUCUCCCGCACACUCCCGUCCUCCUCUCAGCAUCCUCCGCUCCACUCAGCUGCUGUUUCAACCCGGUUCGGUCCAAUUUAGGUGCAUUUUCCUCCAGAACCAUGACGACCCAGAUCGAUAAAGAGGCCUGCAGAGAAGCUUACAACCAAGUUCGAGACGACAACACGGAGACCAGCUGGGCUGCGUUCAAGUACGAAGGUUCCACCAUCGUCCCGGCGGGCGUGGGCACCGAAUACCGGGACUUCAAGGAGCUGUGCACAGAUGACAUCCCUCUGUUCGGCUUCGUCCGCUUCACGACGGGCGACGCCAUGAGCAAGCGGGCCAAGUUCACGCUCAUCACCUGGAUCGGCGAGCGCGUCGGCGGCCUGCAGCGCGCCAAGAUCAGCACCGACAAGACGCUUGUCAAGGACGUGGUGCAGAACUUUGCCAAGGAGUUCAUGAUCAGCGAGCCGCGGGAACUGGAGGAGGAAUACUUGUGCUCCGAGCUGAAGAAGGCCGGCGGCGCCAACUACGACGCUCAGGCCGAGUAGAGGAGGUCCAGUGGAGGGAACCGGGUCGGGGAACGGGGCUCGGUUGGACUCGGGGUUUGGGGGGAGGGAGUGUUGGGGCGGGGCUGCUACCUCUCAGGAAGGGAGAGAGCGCAGAUGACCACUAAACUUAGAUUUUUACACCUCUUGAUGAAAACUUGAUCCUACAGGAAACGCCAUCUACUUCGUGUCGUCUGCCGGGUGCUUGAAUCCACACCUUAACCUGUUGGUACCAGAAACAACAUUCUGCACCUGCUAAAGGAAGCGCUUUUGCUGGAGAAGCUGGGAUAAAUGAUAGCCUAGCUUAUCUUAGCACCAAAACUGGAACUUGGGAUCCAGCCUGGAGCUUCAGUUUAGGUUUAUUUUGCUUCCAUCUAUCUUAUAAAAUGAUUCUCAGCCAUUUCUACCACUUCUUUCUGUAAAGUUAACACUGUUAGCUGAAAAUGCUAAUGCUCUGACAAAGCUAACAGCUGAAGCCUCAAGGUCUUAAAGGGAUAGUUCAUGUUAUGUGACUAGGGUUCUGUGAAGUGUGUGUGAGUGGUUACUAUGUUCAUCACAGGAGCGUCUUCAGCUCAAGAAGAGUUUCCUUCUGAAUGUUUCCAUGUCACAGCAAUUUACAGCAAGCUACAUGUUUUCUAAAACUUCAUAAAAAUAUUUAGUUUGGACUCGUUUUAAAAUCUCUAGCCAUUAGCUGUAGCCUACGGAGGAAGCUAGCCUGGAAAGCAGGGGAGUCAAACUCCAGUCCUUAGGGCCACUGUCCUGCAGUUUUUAGAUGUCACAGGUACAAAACACAGGAAUGAAAUGGCUUCAUUACCUCCUCCUUGUAAUGAAUGACCUAAUUAUUCUAUUCAGGUGGUGCAGCAGAGGCACAUCUAAAAGUUGCAGGACACCGGCCCUCCAGGACUGGAUGCUGACAGCCCUGCUGUAAAGUAAUAUAGUUGGUACACAUAAGCGCUCCGUAGAACCCCAUUUCAUCCUGUUCAUUAGAAGUGAAGCAAACGAGACAUUUAGGUGUUUGUUACUCAACUAAAGCAGGUUUUAUCGGCACCUUAAAGAGACAUCCAUGCCUCUGAGGUUCAUCAACACGCCGCCAUCUCAGCAAGGCCUGACCUCUGACCUGGACAGCUCACCCAGGAAGGAACCCACGUCCAUCUUCAGAGGCCUGCAGCCGCUAGCUGUUAGCUUCCUGUGUUUCCAUGGAGACCAGCAGGACUCGCUCUGAAAAUGCAGAUCGGUUCAUGCAAACGGUGACGGGCCGGCGAAGGCUGCCUUAGUGGAGAGAGGUGCAUCAUGGGACCUGGAGGACGCUGCACUGUGAUUGGCUGCUCCUGCAGGAUGUGAGGCGCUUGGUUUUAUUGUUUCAACUCUUCCUGCUCCCAAGAAUAAAGAAAAAUUCAUUUUUCUGUCUUUAUAAGUUUCUACAAGAGUUUGAUUGUUUCCAUUUUUCUAUCUUUUAACAUUGGUGAAGACUUUCCAAAAAAAUCAUGCAAAAAAGAAAACAGAAACAAGUCAUUUCAAAAUAAAAUUUGAUGUUUGGAUUUUCCAGAUGCUGCUUC